AUGCACAAUCAUAUAAACUCUUCUUUUAUUUUUGUUUUCAUUAAAGUUCUUCUUAGUUCGUCUUAUAUUCACUCAAAUUGGUAAUUGGUUUAAUAAAUAUGUUAAUAAUAUCUAAUUGCUUUUCUAUAAUUUAUUGUCUUUUAGCGUAUUUUGAAGGUAUAUUAGCAAUUAGAUCUUUUUCAAUUGUGGCUUAGUGUGAUGAAAACUCUUAAAGAUGAUCAAAAUCUAAAGUUUAACUGCCAAAUAAAAUUAUAAUUUUUAGGGCAAAAAUUCUUUAGUGUACAAGAAUUCUUCUAAUAAUAGCAACAUCGAGGAGUAGAAUUGACUGUUACCUCCUAAUAAUUUUUGGUUGUGAUUUCUUAUUUAGAGUAGGUUGAAUAGAAUUCAGCUAUCUUUUUGAUUGCCUCACAUCCCAAGAAUAAUUCAUUGCGUUAUACAAUAAUCAACAAUAUUGCCUAGGAUCAUUAGGUUGAUUUUAAGUACAUCUUUAUUUACAUUGCAAAUACAAAAGUAAUUUGA